AUGUACCGCACUCCAAGUAGUUGCCUCGGCCGGCCCUUGAUCCACCCGCUCGCCUUCGCGUCCGCACGCUCGACCGCCUUCACGAGCAUCCCGGCCAUCCACGCGCUAGUUAGCGACAACCCCAGCCCCCCAUCAAGUGAGCUCUCAGACUUGUGUAUGCCACGCAACCUCGUGCGCAUAACCUCAGUCCACCGACAAGGCUCUGUCGCCUCGCGACUCGGCCAUGGCUCAACACUGUCGUACCAGGAUGCACACACUCAGUCCACAUACCAAGGGGCAUGUCGCAUCGCCACGUCCGUUCGUGUCCUUGCUGGGGACUGGGAAAUGAGCCACCUUGAUGCUAUCAAAUGGUGCUGCGAAUUUGGACACUUGGGCACAGGGUCUACGUUUUCCAAAAGGCAGGCGCUCUGGGAGACGUAUUCGUCCUCCCUCCGGCUCUGA